AUGAUCAUGGUAGGGCAAGAUGAAGGAGCAGUGCAAUACUCCAAGUCGAAGGCGUUCCAAAUCUGGUUGCUGAAUACAGAAUUGCUGGAUACUCUUAUGAUUUUUACAAAGAAAGGCAUUUACGUUUUGGCAAGCAACAGGAAGGCUGACUACUUCAAUAGUGUGAAAUCCGACGAGUUUAUAGGUGCUGUGCCACCGGUAACACCAAUUCACAGAGAUAAAUCAGAUAAAGAUGCCGCUAAUUUUACAAAGUUAUUGGAAGUUAUCAAGGAUGAUGCUAAUAACAAAGUUGGAUAUUUUGCAAAAGAUGUCUUUGACUCUGACUUUUGCAAUGAUUGGCAAAAGGCUUCCGCUAAUGUCGAGAAGGUUGACGUAUCUGCUUCGUUCGUUCACGUAUUUGCUGUUAAAGAUGAUUCUGAGUUGGAAGUUUGUAGAAAUUCAGCUGCUGCAACAGUAAAUGCCUGGAGCUAUGCACGAAAGAAGUUUAUAGAAGCCAUAGAUCAGGAGAAG